UUAUCACAAACAAAUUAGAAAAAAAAAUGUUUCUUUCUCGUGUUUUCCUGCAAAAGCGGUGUUUUUCCGGACAGCAUGAGGAAGUUUUGUGAAAAUUAUAAAAACCAACAAGCAAAAUACUGAGGCAAUGUGUGUUUGCUGAAUGUACUGCCCAGUGAUUUCCCCCACAUAAACCGCCAUACAUAUGGCAUAUGCCUGCGCCGUAGUAAUCGGUGUGAUUUUGGAUCACCAGAAAGACAUUUGAGAGAGAUUGAAAAAAAAGCAACCAAAAAAAUAUGGCAAUGUUCAUAAGAUCACUUCGGCCAGCCAUGAGGUGUAUGACAACGCAGGUCAGAACUUAUGCUGAAGCGAGUGGCAAUGAAAUGAAAUUCACACUGGCUGGCGCUAACAAGGUAUUCUAUGAUCAAGCUAAUGUUCGCCAAGUCGACGUACCAUCUUUCUCUGGAGCUUUUGGUAUCCUUCCAAAACAUGUACCAUCACUUGCCGUUUUGAAACCUGGUGUGGUCACUGUAUAUGAGCAGGGUGGUGAAACGAAAAAAGUAUUUGUUUCGUCUGGUACUGUAACUAUCAAUGAAGAUUCUAGUGUUCAAAUAUUGGCUGAGGAGGCCCACCCAAUCGACGCCCUAGACAAUUCAGCUGCUAGAGAUAUCCUGAGCAAAGCUCAACAGCAACUCACCUCUGCAUCUUCUGAUAAAGAUAGGGCCGAAGCUGCUAUUGCGGUUGAAGUGGCAGAAGCUCUUGUUCAAGCUUCUUCAUAAAAUUGCAUUAUCAAAAACAAAAAAAAAAUUCAAUAUAUUAAAUAUUUGAAUUCUAGGAAAAAACACGUUAGGAACCGUUGAUUGCAACUAUUUCUCCCUGUUACUCAAUUAUUCUCUCUCAAUUCGUAAAUAAAACAGAAGCCUCUGACUAG